UAUAGUGGCAACAGUCUGCUCACCGCAUGAAAGAGUUGGAAUAAUUCUGUCUUGUUUGUCGGCUGGAAUUUUUAACAUUUAAUUUGCAACCAUGGCUAGUGUCUCUUAUCACAUAGCUAAUUUGCUGGAAAAAAUGACUUCAAAUGAUAAGGAUUUUCGGUUUAUGGCUACUAAUGAUCUAAUGGUUGAAUUACAGAAAGAUUCUAUUAAGCUGGAUGAUGACAGUGAAAGAAAGGUUGUUAAAAUGCUUUUAAAGCUAUUAGAAGAUAAGAAUGGUGAAGUGCAGAAUCUGGCUGUAAAAUGCCUUGGUCCAUUAGUGAACAAAGUCAAAGAAUACCAAGUUGAAACAAUUGUAGACACAUUAUGCAAUAAUAUGGUUUCUGAGAAAGAGCAGUUGCGUGAUAUAUCUAGUAUAGGUUUAAAAACUGUGAUUGGUGAAUUAUCUCCAGCAUCAACUAAUUUAGUUGCAAGCAUUUGUAAGAAAAUUACUGGGCGAUUGAGCAAUGCUAUUGCAAAGCAAGAAGAUAUUUCUGUUCAGUUGGAAGCAUUAGACAUUCUUAGUGAUUUGCUUAGUAGAUUUGGUGGAUUGCUCAUUAGUUUCCACUUGUCAAUUCAAGAAGCUUUACUGCCACAGUUAGCUAGUCCAAGACUAGCUGUUCGAAAAAGAUCAAUAACUGCAAUUGGCUACUUAGUUAUGAGCUGCAAUCAAAAUCUUUUCAAUAAGCUGAUUGAUGUGUUACUAGAGGAGCUCAGUCAAAAUAACAAUACCUCUACUACCAGAACAUAUAUUCAAGCGAUUGCAGCAAUUAGUCGACAGGCAGGGCAUCGUUUUGGUGAACAUCUAGAAAGAGUAAUGCCCAUUGUUGUUCAGUAUUGUGCUGUUGAAGAUGAUGAAUUAAGGGAAUACUGUCUCCAUGCAUUUGAAUCAUUUGUUAGACGAUGUCCGAAAGAAAUAUCUCCCCAUGUCUCAACUAUUGUAAAACUAUGUCUUCAGUAUUUGUGUUAUGAUCCAAAUUAUAAUUAUGAUGAUGAUGAAGAGGAUGAAAAUGGAAUGGAUAUGGAAAAAGAUGAAGAUGAGGGUGAAAGUGAAGAAGAAUACAGUGAUGAUGAUGAUAUGAGUUGGAAAGUCAGAAGAGCGUCAGCCAAAUGUCUGGAAGCUGUGAUUGCAACCAGACAUGAAAUGCUGUUGGAAUUUUAUAAAGUUAUCUCUCCAGUUUUGAUUUCUCGGUUUAAAGAAAGGGAAGAGAAUGUUAAAGUUGAUAUUUUUCAUGCAUAUAUUGCAUUAUUAAAGCAAACUCGACCAUCUGUUACUGUUGCAUUGGAUUCCGAGUCAAUGGAGCAUGAAGAAGGACCUGUAAGUUUACUUAAGCAGCAGACACCAAAUAUAAUUAAAGCUCUCCACCGACAAUUAAAAGAAAAGAGUAUUAAGACUCGUCAAGGUUGUUUCCUUGUUUUGACUGAAUUAGUGACAGUUCUUCCUGGUGCACUUUCUGACCAUAUGCCUGCUCUCAUACCUGGCAUACAGUUUUCAUUAGGAGAUAAGAACUCCAGUUCCAACAUGAAAAUAGACACAUUAACAUUUCUGAAUUGUUUACUGACUCAUCAUCCCCCAGAAGUAUUUCAUCCCCAUAUUGAAGCCCUUGUAGUACCUCUUAUUCAUGCUGUUGGAGAUGUAUUUUAUAAAAUAACAUCUGAAGCUUUGUUAGUGAUGCAGCAGCUUGUUAAAGUGAUAAGGCCUUUAGACCAGCCAUCUUCAUUUGAUUUUGCUCCAUUUGUGCCUCAAUUGUAUGAAUGUACCCUUGUAAGAUUAAAAGCAGCUGAUAUCGACCAGGAAGUUAAAGAAAGGGCUAUAUCUUGCAUGGGACAGAUAAUUUGCAAUCUUGGUGAUUAUUUGGAUUCUGAAUUGCAAACUUGCCUCCCAAUUUUCUUAGAUCGUCUGAGAAAUGAAAUUACACGGUUGACCACUGUAAAAGCUUUAACAAAAGUAGCUGGGUCUCCUCUAAAAAUAAAUUUGAGGCCCAUUUUAGGUGAAGCAAUGCCAAUUUUAGCAUCUUUCUUGCGUAAAAACCACAGAGCUUUAAAACUGAGCACAUUAACUCUUCUAGAUACUUUGGUGAAGAAUUAUGUCGAAUUUUUAACUCAAGACAUGAUCAGUACUGUGCUGUCUGAACUGCCUCCUCUAAUAAGUGAAAGUGAUCUCCAUAUUUCACAGUUGACAAUGAGUUUGUUAACCUCAAUAUCCAAAGUCCAAAAACAAUCCCUCAUGAAUGUCACAGAAGCCAUUUUGCCAGAAAUUCUAACUUUAGUUCAUUCUCCUCUUCUUCAAGGUGCUGCUUUGAAUUCUAUGCUAGAAUUUUUUCAAUCCCUUGUGAGUAACCAGGUGCCAGGUGUGAGUUAUCGAGAUCUUUUACGGCGUCUCACAGCUCCAGUUUGUUCAAUGAAUGGGCAGCAUGGUACAGGUACUGUUCCUCACCAUACCAUUCAUAAACAAGCCUAUCAUUCCAUAGCUAAGUGUGUUGCUGCAUUAACAAUCACAUGUCCUCAGGAAGCUUUACCAGCUGUUCACCAAUUUUUGCAGGAAUUAAAGGUGAAACGGAAUGUUGAUAGUGUCCAGCUAUUUGCUCUCUUAGCUAUUGGAGAGAUAGGAAAACACAUUGAUUUGAGCAGUAUAACUGAGUUGAAGACUGUACUUUUGGAUUCAUUUUCAUCUCAAAGUGAAGAAGUAAAGACAGCAGCCUCCUUUGCUUUAGGAAGUGUAGCAAUUGGUAAUCUUCCAGAAUACCUGCCUUUUGUUCUAAGUGAAAUUGAGAAUCAACCUAAACGUCAAUAUUUGCUGUUACAUUCACUAAAAGAGAUUAUUAGUUGCCAAUCAGCCAGUCCUGCCACUGUUAAAUUACUUCAACCAUUUAUAAAGAAUAUAUGGGUAAUGCUGUUUAAUCAUUGUGAGUGCACAGAAGAAGGAACAAGAAAUGUUGUUGCUGAAUGUUUGGGCAAGCUUACUCUUAUUGAUCCUGUUAACUUAUUACCAGAAUUGAAAUUUUACCUUAAUUCUGAUUCUGCUCUUGCUAGAAGUACUGUUGUUACAGCUAUGAAAUUUACAAUAUCAGAUCAGCAUCAACCAAUAGAUUCCUUACUCAGAGGGUGCAUUGGUGACUUUUUGCAAACCUUAAAGGAUCCUGAUCUUAACGUUAGAAGAGUUGCAUUGGUCGCAUUCAAUUCUGCUGCACACAAUAAGCCAUCACUCAUCAGAGAUUUAUUAGACACAACUUUGCCAGAGUUGUACAAUGAAACUAAAGUUAGAAAAGAUUUGAUCAGAGAAGUGGAAAUGGGUCCCUUUAAGCACACAGUUGAUGAUGGUCUAGAUAUUCGAAAGGCUGCUUUUGAGUGCAUGUACACACUGUUGGAUUCUUGUUUGGAUCGUCUAGACAUUUUUGAGUUCCUGAACCAUGUUGAAGAUGGUUUGAGGGAUCAUUAUGAUAUUAAAAUGCUGACUUACCUCAUGCUUGUUCGAUUGGCAAUCCUCUGUCCUUCAGCUGUUCUUCAAAGGAUUGAACGACUGGUAGAGCCUUUGCGAGUUACUUGUACUACAAAAGUGAAAGCAAAUUCUGUGAAGCAAGAAUUUGAAAAACAAGAUGAACUGAAAAGAUCAGCAAUGAGAGCUUUUUCUGCCCUUCUGGCUGUGCCUGAUGCUGAUAAAAAUCCUCUAAUGAAUGAAUUUCUCGCUCAAAUAAAAUCUACACCAGAUCUCCAGGUCCUCUUUGAGAGCAUUCAAAAGGACUGUUCUGGGUCUGUGUCAGAAUCUGCUGUUCUCAUGGAUAUCAGUUAAGCUCUCUUCAUCACAGAAUAUUUAUUUUGGAAAUACAAAAUAUGGACGAUUCAUCAAUGAAAGGACCUCAUUACGGUCUUUGAUCCCAGAGGACUGCACUGUUUUUUUAGACAAAACACUAAGAAUGUCUAAUGGUUGAUUUUUGUUACUUACAAGAUAUGUGUCAUGCAAAACUGAAAAGAAAUGCAUCAACAAAAUUUUUCUUAUGAUUAGAAUUGUUUAAAAAAUGCCUCAUCUGAAUUUAAUAAUUUAAUGUUUGUUUAUCUGUUAAUAUUAAUUUUUUUUUCUCUUAUGAAGAUGAAAUUUGUGAAAUACUGAAAAGUUUUUACUAUUAUGUUAUUUUGUGAGUACAUUUGUCUAUUUUCUGUAACUGGAUAUCUUGUGAUUCACAAUAAAAGCUUUUUGAGAAAUGA